AUGGCACCCAUCUCGACUGAAAUCACCAAACUCUUCGGUAUCCAGCACCCUAUUCUGUUAGCUGGAAUGAAUGUGGCUGCUGGGCCUGAACUGGCAGCUGCAGUGACAAAUGCUGGUGGCCUCGGCGUCAUUGGAGGCGUAGGGUACACGCCCAAAUUUCUCCGGCAGCAAAUCGAGCUUAUCAAGAAGGACUUGAAAGACCCCAAUGCACCUUUCGGAGUAGACCUACUCAUUCCUCAAGUUGGGGAAGGUGCUCGGAAGACCAAUUACGACUACACGAAGGGGUCAUUAUCUGAGCUUAUUGAUGUCAUCAUAGAAGAAGGAGCUAAGCUUUUUGUUUGCGCCGUUGGUGUCCCACCAGUUGAGGUAGUUGAAAGACUCCACAAAGCUGGUAUCCCCGUCAUGAAUAUGAUUGGGCAUCCGAAGCAUAUCCAGAAAGCCCUCGCUCGCGGCGUGGACAUCAUAUGUGCGCAGGCCGGAGAAGGUGGUGGCCAUACGGGUGAUAUUCCAUUUGGCAUACUAAUCCCAGCAUGUUUGGAUGAGUUGAAGGGGAAAAAGAGUCCGUUGACGGGCAAACAGGUGCCCCUCAUUGCAGCUGGUGGGAUUUCAGACGGGCGUGGUUUAGCUGCCGCUUUGGCAUAUGGUGCACAAGCUGUCUGGGUGGGGACACGUUUCGUCGCCAGUGUGGAAGCUGGCGCACCCAAAGCCCACAAGGAGGCUAUCCUAUCAGCUGGGUACGGAGAUGCUGUUCGGACGCUGAUAUUUACUGGCCGUCCCCUUCGAGUCCGAAGAACUCCCUACGUUGAAAACUGGGAAAAGAACCGGCAGGAGGAGAUCAAAGAGCUCACCUCACAAGGGGAAGUGCCCUUUGAGGUUGAUUUGGCGAAGAACCCCAAGGUGAUGAGCGAGGGGAGGUCAUUCCUCCUGGGCGAAGUCUCUGCCGUGAUCAAGGACAUCAAGCCCGCGAAACAGAUAGUAGAUGAGAUGGUCGCUGAGGCUGUUGAAAAGUUGAGGGCUGCGGGAAGCCUUUUACAGGAAAGGUCCAGGCUCUGA